UUUUGGUUUGGUUGGAAGAAGAAGAGGAGAACGAAGCAGACACGAGGGGGAGUACGGAGAGAGAACGGUAAAUCGUGAAGAGUAAAAGAAAAGAAGGAGAUACAUUGAGAGACAUGAGAGUGGCGAGGACGGAGAGGUGGACACUACAGCACUAAACUUGUUUGGCAGCUGUUGUGAAGCAAACUUUGUGUGAGUGUUCAUGGCUGAAGCUAGAGCUAACGGCGAGGAGUGCUGAUUGAGGACGACGCAUGUUUCUGCUGAGGACUCUGCUGCCGCUGGUGGAUGUUUUUUCAUUCUCGUUUCGGAACUGUGUUUCUUGGACUGGCCGCUGACUGCACGUGGGUUACCUUUGGAGGCCAGAUAACAAAUGAGGUGGCAGAGGAGCUGAUGACUUUGGCAUAUGAGAAUGGGAUCAAUCUGUUCGACACCGCUGAAGUGUAUAAUGCUGGAAAGGCUGAAGUUGUCCUGGGAAAUAUCAUAAAGAAGAAAGGAUGGAGGCGUUCCAGUUUAGUCAUCACCACCAAAAUCUUCUGGGGCGGAAAAGCAGAAAUGGAAAGAGGAUUGUCUCGAAAACAUAUAAUUGAAGGUCUAAGGGCAUCACUAGAGAGACUUCAGCUGGAGUACGUAGACGUGGUUUUUGCGAAUCGACCAGAUCCGAACACACCUAUAGAAGAGACGGUGAGGGCAAUGACCCAUGUGAUCAACCAGGGGAUGGCCAUGUAUUGGGGGACAUCACGAUGGACCUCCAUGGAGAUCAUGGAGGCGUACUCUGUGGCUCGACAGUUCAACCAGAUCCCACCAAUCUGCGAACAGGCAGAGUACCACAUGUUUCAAAGGGAGAAGGUUGAAGUGCAACUCCCUGAACUGUUCCACAAGAUAGGCAUUGGAGCUAUGACAUGGUCUCCACUGGCCUGUGGGAUCAUCUCAGGGAAGUAUAACAGUGGGAUCCCCUCUUUUUCACGUGCCUCACUUAAGGGUUAUCAGUGGAUGAAGGACAAGAUCCUGAGUGAGGAGGGGAGCCGUCAGCAGGUGAAGCUAAAAGAGUUGAAGGCAAUUGCUGAGCACCUAGGCUGCACUCUGCCCCAACUGGCUAUUGCAUGGUGCCUGAGGAAUGAGGGGGUGAACUCUGUCCUGCUGGGAGCUUCCAGAACUGACCAGCUGAUGGAGAAUAUCAGAGCAAUACAGGUCCUUCCGAAGUUAUCACUGUCCAUUGUGUCUGAGGUGGAUAACCUCUUGGGAAACAAGCCCUAUAGUAAAAAGGACCUCAGAUCCUAGGAGCACCAGUGAUGAACUGUCAUACUAUCCUGCCUAUAAAUGAGAGACAGCAUGGGCAAUAAAGUAAUUUAUGAGAGUGUAGCAAACAGUAAAUAACAAGCAAAGAAAAUGUGCCAUUACUCAUUUCAUCACUUUAAUGCACUGUCACGUAUUGCCAA